AUGCCGGCAGAUUCUCUAGCUUUGAUCAGCUGGUUAAGCGGAUUUGUUAAGCGGCAAUUUGAAUCUAUAGGCGGAGGCAGAAUGAGUGGAUUUGUGAAAAAAGACGACGACUUACAAAAACGUCGAUUUGAUUCUAUAAGCGGAGGUGGAAUGAGCGGCAUUGUAAUAAAAGGACGACGAGGACAUGGAAAAACGGCGAUUCGAUUCUAUAAGCGGAGAUGGUAUAAGUGGAUUUGUCAAAAAGGACGACGAAGACAAGGAAAAACGGCGAUUCGAUUCUAUAAGCGGAGGUGGUAUGAGUGGCUUUGUCAAAAAGGACGACGAAGACAUGGAAAAACGGCGAUUCGAUUCUAUAAGCGGAGGUGGUAUGAGUGGCUUUGUCAAAACAUGGCUAAAAGAAGAUUUGAUUCAAUCAGCGGAGGUGGAAUGAGCGGAUUUGUCAAGAAGAACCACGAAGACAUACAUAAACUUUCCGCUACUAGGGUGGGUGAUUCUUUACAGGAAGACCCUCAAAUUCUGUAA